ACACUAUUUGGUUUCACUGCAUGUACUACCAAAAGCUUAGACCCCCCAUUUCUCUCUCCUCCUUCGUCUUCACUCUCUCUCCUCCGAAAUUCGCUUCCGAAAUUCGUGAAUUUGGGGGUUUUUUGGGGGUAAUUUUAGGGUUUUACACUCUCAUUUGGCUAAAUUAAUUUGUUCUUGGACUCGGAUAAUCAGCACUGUGUUCUGAUUUUGGAGUGCUUUUCUCUUGUAUGCCACCAUAAGUUGAAUCAAAUUUCUUGUUCUUUCAAAAAUGGAGGAAAGUGAGGCUUCAACUGUUCCUGAUGGGGAGUUGAUUGGAAUUAAGUUCGGCCUUGCAAGCGAUCAUGAAAUUCGAACGUCUUCCAUCAGCGAUUGUCCAAUUAGUCAUGCUAGUCAGUUGGCAAAUCCUUUUCUAGGCUUACCUUUGGAAAUGGGUAAAUGCGAGUCUUGUGGUACUGCAGAACCCGGAAAGUGUGAAGGUCACUUCGGCUAUAUUGAGUUACCAAUACCUAUCUACCACCCAUCUCAUGUCAGCGAAUUAAAACGUCUGUUGAGCUUAGUGUGCCUCAAGUGUUUAAAGAUGAAGUCAAAUAAGUUCCCAGUGAAGAACAAUGGUGUUGCGGAGAAAUUAUUGUCUGCAUGUUGUGAUGAAGCCUGCAGUGUAUCGAUAAAAGAUAUCAAGAACAGUGACGGGGCUGUUUUCCUUGAGCUGAGAAUACCAACCAGAUCAAGAGUGCAAGAUGGCUGGAACUUUCUUGAAAGAUAUGGUUACAGAUAUGGGGAUGGUUGUGCUAGGACGCUGCUUCCUUCUGAGGUUCUAGCGAUGUUGAAAAAAUUACCUGAAGAUACAAGAAGAAAGCUUGCAAAGAAAGGAUACAUCCCGCAAGAGGGGUACAUUUUGCGCUAUGUACCUGUUCCUCCUAACUGCUUAUCUGUUCCAGAUGUAUCAGAUGGAGUUAGUGUUAUGUCAUCGGAUCUUUGCUCAGCGAUGAUGAAGAAAGUUCUCAGGCAAAUCGAGGUUAUAAGGAGCUCUCGAUCUGGUGAACCCAAUUUCGAGUCGCAUGAAGUUGAAGCCAACGAUUUGCAAGUUGCUGUUUCACAGUAUCUCCAAGUCAGAGGCACUGGGAAGGCUGCUCAUGAUGGUGACAACCGGUAUGGGGUAAGCAAAGAAGGCAACAACACUUCAAAAGCUUGGGUCGACAAAAUGAAAACCUUGUUCAUAAGCAAAGGGUCUGGUUUCUCUUCAAGGUCUGUCAUCACCGGUGAUGCUUACAGGGCUGUAAAUGAAGUUGGUGUGCCCUGUGAGAUUGCCCAAAAAAUGACAUUUGAAGAGAGAGUGAACGUGCAUAAUAUACAGUACCUUCAAAAUCUGGUAGAUAACAACUUGUGUCUCACCUUUAGGGAUGGGUUGUCAACAUAUUCGUUGAGGGAGGGUUCUAAGGGGCAUACGUUUCUAAGACUUGGCCAAGUUGUUCAUAGGAGGAUUAUGGAUGGGGAUAUAGUUUUCAUUAAUCGACCUCCUACUACGCAUAAGCAUUCUCUUCAAGCAUUGCAUGUGUACAUUCAUGAAGAUCAUGUGGUCAAAAUUAACCCUCUUAUGUGUGGUCCUCUGGCUGCAGAUUUUGAUGGGGACUGUGUUCACUUAUUUUAUCCUCAGUCGCUUUCUGCUAGGGCUGAAGUUUUGGAGCUGUUUUCUGUUGAGAAACAGUUGCUGAGUUCACAUAAUGGAAAUCUGAACUUGCAGCUAUCUACUGAUUCUCUGUUGUCUUUAAAGACUAUGUUUAAGGUUCAUUUUCUUGACAGAUCAUCGGCUAACCAAUUGGCUAUGUAUGCCUCUAAUCUUUUGCCAUCUCCUGCACUGUGGAAAGCAUGUCCUUCAGUUUCGAAAAAAGAGAAAGCAUAUUCUUCUGGUCCUCUCUGGACUGCUCAGCAAGUUUUGCAGACGGCUUUACCAACCCACUUUGAAUGUCAUGGCGAUAGACUGUUGAUACAUGACAGUGAAGUAUUAAAGUUAGACUUCAAUCGGGAUAUUGUGGCAUCAGUCAUUAGUGACGUUCUCACGUCAUUGUUCUUUAACAAAAGCCCAAAAGAUGCUUUGAACUUUUUUGACUCUUUGCAACCCCUUUUGAUGGAAAAUUUGUUUUCUGAGGGUUUUAGUGUGGGGCUGCAUGAUUUUUUUUUCCCCAAAUCUGAGUUGCAAAAUAUUCAAAGGAAUUUACAAGAUCUUUCACCCCUGUUAAUGCAGCUAAGAUCAUCCUUCAAUGAACUAGUGCAGCUGCAAUUUGAAAAUCAUAUUCGGGAGCUCAAAUCCCCAGUUGGAAAUUUUAUUCUUAUAUCUUCAGCACUUGGAAAUCUGAUUGAUUCUAGGAGUGACUCUGCAAUUGAUAAAAUUGUUCAGCAAAUUGGGUUUUUGGGACUGCAGCUUUCUGAUAGAAGGAAGUUUUAUUCUAGUGGACUGGUGGAGGAAGUGGCUAGUCUCUUUCAACAAAAGUAUCCAUAUGCAACUUCGCAUCCUUCAGAGGAGUUUGGAUUUGUAACAAGUUGUUUCUUCCAUGGCCUGGAUCCUUAUGAAGAGAUAGUUCACUCUAUUGCUACCAGGGAGGUAAUUGUCCGUUCAUCAAAAGGACUGGCUGAGCCUGGAACGCUGUUUAAGAAUUUGAUGGCAGUUCUUAGAGAUGUUGUCAUUUGUUAUGAUGGCACCGUUAGAAAUAUCAGCAGUAAUUCUGUCAUUCAAUUUGAAUAUGGGAUUGGUGGGAUGGCAUCCCAGAGUCUGUUUCCUGCUGGAGAGCCUGUUGGAGUUUUGGCAGCAACUGCCAUGUCAAAUCCUGCUUACAAGGCUGUUCUGGACUCUUCUCCCAAUAGUAAUUCUUCUUGGGAUAUGAUGAAGGAAAUAUUGUUCUGCCGUGCGAAUUUCAGGAAUGAUAAUAAUGAUUGGCGGGUUAUAUUAUAUCUGAAUGAUUGUUGUUGUGGUAGGAAGUAUUGUCAAGAAAAUGCAUCAUGCCUGGUAAAAAAUCAUUUGAAAAAGGUUAGCCUCAGAGAUGCUGCAAUUGAGCUAUCAAUUGAGUACAAGCGGCCAAAGCUUGAACCUGAAAGUUGUGAAAUGGACACAGGACUUGUUGGUCAUAUUCAUCUCAAUGUGGGCUUGCUAAAGUCAUCGGGCAUUGGUAUGCGUGACAUUUUACAAAAAUGUGAAGAACAAGUAAACAUGUUGCGUAAGAAGAAGAAAUAUAGUUAUCAUUUUAAGAGGAUACUUUUGUCUGUCAGUGAAUGUUGCUUUUUCAACCAUUCUGAUAGCAAAUGGACUGACAUGCCAUGUUUGAAAUUCUAUUGGCAAGACAUGCCCGACUCUGAUUUGGAAAGAACAAAACAUAUCAUGGCUGAUAUGAUCUGCCCAGUUCUAUUGGAUACAAUUAUUAAAGGUGAUCCUCGAAUUUCCACUGUCAAUAUUACCUGGAUUAGUCCAGGCACUACAACUUGGGUACAGAGUCCCUGUAGCAGUACAAAGGGUGAAUUAGCUGUGGAGGUGGCUCUGGAGAAGACAGCUGUCAGGCAAAGUGGUGAUGCGUGGAGGAUUGUACUGGAUUGUUGUCUACCUGUAUUUCAUCUGAUUGAUACAAGGCGCUCUAUUCCAUACGCAAUAAAGCAAAUCCAGGAUUUAUUUGGAAUAUCCUGCGCCUUUGAUCAGGCAGUGCAGCGCCUUUCAACAUCUGUAACUAUGGUCACAAAAGGUGUUCUCAAAGAGCAUCUGCUUUUGUUGGCCAGUAGUAUGACUUGCGCAGGGAAUUUGGUUGGCUUCAAUACGAAUGGAAUAAAGACUUUAUGCCGAACACUGAAUGUUCAAAUUCCUUUCACUGAGGCAACUCUAUAUACACCGCGCAAGUGUUUUGAAAGAGCUUCUGAGAAGUGUCAUGUGGAUACUCUGGCAAGCAUUGUAGGAUCAUGCUCGUGGGGUAAGCGUGUUGCUAUUGGUACUGGUGCCAAGUUCGAUCUCCUCUGGGACACAAAAGAGAUUGAAUUGGCUGACAAACCAACUGAUGUUUACAACUUCCUUCAUCUGAUGAGUAGCGCAAAUGAGGAAGAGGUUGAUAGUGGGGGUUUGGGUGAAGAUAUUGACAACUUUGACACGGAUGUAUACAUGGAACAAGCUUUAUCCCCUGAACAGGAAAACAAGGCUGUCUUUGACGACGCUAUUGAAAUGGGUUUAGAUUCUGUAAUUCCUGGAGCAGGUGGAUCAAGUUGGGAUGCAAUACCUUCAUCUGGUAUAGGAUGGAAUGCAAACAAAACUGAUACUGGUUCUGGCUCAGCAGAAGGCAGUGGUUGGUCUUCUUGGGGAUCAAAGAAAAGUCAGUCACAGCCAGAAGAUGCAUCCAAGUCUGAUGGUUGGUCUUCGUGGGGGUCGAAGAAAAAUCAGCCACAGCCAGAAGAUUUAUCGAAGAUUGAUGAAUUGGAUGCAUCAAAAAUUUGGGGUGGAUCUAAUCAUGGGGAGCCUUCACCUACUUGGGGCCAACCAGUCAAAGAGCCUAAUGACACUAGCAUCAAGAAUGAUCUUAAGGAAGUUUGUGGCUCUGUCUCAGCAGAUGGUGGUGGUUGGGCAAAUUGGGGUUCAAAGAAAGAUCUGUCCAAGCAAGAAGAUUCACCAAGAACAGGUGGUUGGGAAUCUUCAAAGUCUUGGGCUGGGUCUAAACCAAAACAACCUUCAUCUGCAUGGGGUGCAGUCAAAGAGGCUGAUGAAAAUGCAGGCUGGAAGGAAAGUGAUUCCCAAAAAGAUCUUGCUUCCGGCUCCGGAGAAGGUGGUGGUUGGUCAGCUUGGGGACCAAAGAAGGAUCUUCCACAGCCUGAAAGUUCAUCUAAGGAAAAUGGUUGGGAUGCGAAUGAUUCUAAUUCUAAAGAGCCCUGUAAAGCCUGGGGUAAACCAGCCAAAGAAACUGAUUGCGUUGGGUGGAAGAAAAAUGAUCCUCAAGGAGAUUCUGGGAACCUGGGAGGAACAAGUGGCUGGAAUUAUGAACAGAAUCAGCGUUCAAGUUCUAAAGGCUGGGAUUCUACUGGAGGAAAGGAUACCAGAUUCGGAAGAAGUAAUGACUGGGCUAGUAAGGGUGAGAAAAAAGGGGGAAAUAAACUAGAUUGUGCAAGACAAGGAAAACCCUGGGGUAAAAGUCAUAAAGGGUCUGGUAGCUGGAGCUCUGGUCAGGGUAACCAGCACCCUGUUUCCCAAGGGGUAUCUGAGAAAGUAGAGAACAAGGCAGUGACUUGGGGACAGCCUAAAGAUUCAUCCUGGCAAAAGAACGACGACAAUAAUGAUGGUGGAUGGGGUUCUUCAAAGAUCAAUCAGCAGGGAGUCGGUAGAAGCUGGGAUUCCAAUAAGAAAGGAAGCAAUGUUCAGUCUUGGGGACAGCAAGUUGACCCAACCAGUAAUGAUAGCAAAGAGGAUAAGAACAUUGGAAGUAGUGCCGAUGGGUGGAGUUCUGGCAAGGUUAAUGGUAAUACAAGUCCUGGUGGCUGGGGCACUAGUAAAGCCAAUGGUGUUUCCAGCUCUGGGGGAUCUCAAAAGGAAGGCAGGCCACAGGCAUCUGCUUGGGGACAGUCGGACAAUAGCAAUGAAGCUGCAGGUAGCUGGAAGUUAGAGAAGGGAAGUGGGGCUAGUGGGUCUGGAAGUUGGGACUUUCAGAAGAAAGAAAACAAUGCAAAAUCCUCUUGGGGACAACCAAAGAGUAAUGCUGAAAGUGUUGGUGACUGGAAACUGGAUAAGGCCUCUGCAGAAGAUGGUCUGAGUAACUGGGAUGCCAAAAAAGGAGAGGGUAAGUCUCAAUCUUCAUGGGGACAGCCUAGUGAUUCAACCCUAAAGAAGUCUGCACUAAGUUCUGAUCAAUGGGGUUCUGAUAAGUCAAAGCAGUCUGAGGAUUCAUCUGGUUGGGGUUCUGAAGAGACCAACUUUGUAAAGGAUAGUGAGAAACAAGACUCUUGGGGGAAACCAAAUUCUUCAGCUUGGAAGAAGGAUUCUUCUGAUGAUUCACAAUCACCUUGGGGACAGCCUGGAGGGUCUGGAUGGAAUAAAAAACGGCCUGAAGGUGGUCGUGGCUGGGGCUCCUCAAACACUGGUGAGUGGAAAAGCAGGAAGAAUCAAAAUCAUAACCCUAACCAGAAUCGACCUCCAAGGGGACAAAAUGAUGAUUCUGCAAGUGUGGCACUAACUGCUACUAGAAAAAGAAUGGACUUAUUUCCAGCUGAAGAGCAAGAUGUCCUAUCUGAAGUUGAAUUGGUUAUGCAGUCGAUUCGAAGAAUCAUGCAUCAGUCUGGGUGUAAUGAUGGAGAACCUCUUCCUCCUGAUGAUCAAAAGUAUGUUAUUGACAAUGUGCUGAACUACCAUCCUGAUAAAGCGGCUAAAAUUGGGGCUGGAGUUGAUUUUAUUACGGUUAAAAAGCAUAGCAACUUCCAAGAAAGCCGUUGCUUUUAUGUGGUUUCAACAGACGGACAGAAUGUGGACUUCUCAUACAUCAAGUGCUUGGAGACUUAUGUUAAGGGAAAGUACCCUUCAGUUGCCGAGUCCUUCACAUCCAAGUAUUUCAGAAGGCCUCCUCGUCCUGGAGGUAAUCCCUCACCUGCAAGUCCCUCGCCUGCUAGCCCUUUGCCUGCAAGCCCCCCACCUCCAAGUCCUUUACCACCAAGCUCCUGAUAAGUGUUGGUUGUUUUGAUGGGUAAUAUUCUUGCUUUAUUUUGUGUACAUAACUAGAUAUCAGUAGCUGUUUUUCAGCCAAGAAUUUAGCUUUGAAUGCUCUCCUUACAUUCCCGCUCCCCUUUGGAAGCGCAUUGCUAGUGUCACUCAUGCAUUGAGUCAUGGGGUUGUUUCUGAUAACUUUAUGCCUGGUGAAUUUUGUACAGAAUUAGAAGUUAUUUCAGCUAGGAGUAAAGUGUACAUGACUGUAAAGUUUUGGCGUCUAGGAAUGAGUUCACUUCUAUGUUGCCUCCUUUCUUUCUAGAUAGUUUUCUGUAUCAGCUGCCAGAUUUUGUUGCCUUCCAUUCUUGUUGAAAUGGAACUCUCUGCUGAUGCCAUAAUGCAACUACUACUAAUUGAUAGGUCAAUAGCUAAGUUAAUAUUCUCGUGUUUGUCCGCAUUCCUUGAUAUGUAUGCAAGUUAAAAACCUAUGUGCUUGUAGCA